UUUCUUAGGAUUUUCUAAGUAGAAACCAGCACAUUUUAAGUCUACAUGUCCAAGGCUACAAUAAAAGAACACAUAGCGGAUUCGAAAGAUUCAAAAGAAAAAUGUUUUUAAUUCUGUGAAGUUGACUACAGAUUUCUGGUUGGAAAUGGAGGAGUUGUUACGUCAUAAUCUUGAUCACGUUCUCAUUAACAUUUUUCUAAGAUUGGAUGGUAAGAGUCUGAAGAAUGUUCAGUUAGUUAAUCACGAAUGGGACAAUUUCGUUAGAACUCGGAUUUGGAACUCCAAGAGAAACAGGAAAAUCAUCAAGGAUAAUCUCUGGUGUAACUCUACAUACUCCACUAGGCAUAUAGAAACAGGAAAAUGCAUCACAAGUUUGUCCUGUGAUAACUCUAUAUUGGUUUGUGGGUUCACCGACGGUACAGUCAAUAUUUAUCAUCUAGAUUCAGGAGAACUGAUAAUUGAAUUGAGAACUAAUUCCAGCGCAGAACAAUGUACUAGUACACAGGUUGGGUUGAGCACAAGUCUUGUUGCAGCAAUGUCAGUUGGAACCCGUUUCAAAGAUAGAACUGGAGGAAUACUGUUUAAAGUAAUAGUCUGGAACAGGGUAGACUGGAGUGAAGUGACAAGCCUUGAAUCUUCGGCUCGAACCAAAUUCUGGAUUUCAGACAAAUAUCUAGGAAUUAGGAAUGAUGAUGAUCUUGUGAUCUGGAAAGUUCGAAAGCAUAGGGAUACAUCCAUACAUAAAUACCUCUACAUUCAUCUUAAAGAGGUAACUCCCCUCCCCCCAGCAUAGAGAUACAUCCAUACA